AUGCUGCAGCAGAUCCUGAAGCGGCUCUCGAAUCAAGUAGGAAGUCGACGACAGGACGUUCUGCUGAAGGAGCAGAAGCAGAUGCUGUGCACUCUGCAAGUGCCCAGCACAAAGGACGGAAGGCUCAUCGACAUUCCGAUGGUGCAGUUAGAUCGUCUUGUGCAAGCGAAAUGCCGAGCCUGUCCUUCGUUUGGAGACUUGCUCUCUCAGGCCAUCCUGCAAGCAGGAACUGCAGGGAUGCACGCGGUCCUGUAUGUGGAUGAGGCGGUUCCCGGCAACGUUUUGCGACCCGAUAACCAUCGUCGAAGUUAUUUGGUUUAUGUGACCUGGAUGAACCUGCAACGAGCCUGCACGUCCGAGUUCGCAUGGUGCACGAUAGCUAGCAUCCGCCAGACGCUGCUGAAUCAAAUUCAGGGAGGCCUGCCGGCGGUGAUCGCUGCCCUCCUGGACAAGCUGGCGGAGCCCUUCGAAGGCUUCGCUGUGGAAGGAUCUGCAGGACCACAGCUUCUUCGAACGACGCUCGUCUCGCUCCUCGCAGAUGAGCCGGCUCUCAAGUGCUCAGUCAGCGCGAAGUCGCACGCAGGCAUGAGGCCGUGUCUGAGGUGUCGCAAUGCCCUCGCUAUCCGACAUGGCGAAAGAGCGGGAUUCGUCGAUAUAUCUUCCCACAACUUCGAAGCCUUUCUGCCACAAACGAAGCAGCAGGUUUGCGAAUACAUGCGACUCCUCUCCGGCCUCAAGACGAAAGGCAAACUCGAGGAGUCGCAAAAACUUUUGGGUUGGAUUUACAACCCUAGCAGCAUCGUUUGCCGACAGUCCUGCCCGCUAACGGUGGAACGCUGUAUGUACGACGCGAUGCACUGUCUCUGGUGCAACGGCAUCGUGGGACUAGAAAUCAGCCUCUUCCUCCGUGCUGCGAGAGACAGCAUCGGCUUCAAACUGAGUCAGCUUGCUGCUCUCGGAGAUCUGCCUUGGAAGGCUGGUGUGGACAGCGCUCAAGCUGCACCGCUCCUCCACGCCAAGCUCCUGUCCUUCGCCGAGGACUACAAAGGCGACUCAAAGCAAACGAUGGCCCUGCUGCCACUACUGGUGUACUACGCCCGAACAGUGCUGCAGCCAGCAGGGGUGCCUGCAGAUGCUGUACAAAGCCUUACCCUGCUGUGCCUCGUUUGUAUGCAAGUGAAGCUCUUAAAGCUGGAGGCCUGCCCCGCUUCAUGCUCCAGACUGCUGGACUUGCAGCAGCAGCACCUCGAAGGCUUCAAGUCUUGCUACACGCGAGAAAAGGUGCGACCCAAGCACCACUUUAGCUUGCACCUGGCAGAACAAGCUCAAGCCAUGCGCCGGAUGCUUGACUGCUUUGUGACGGAACGCAAAAACAAAACUUUCAAGCAGCAGGCGCUGUCGAUCUGUAACUGGGAUACUUUCGAAAGUUCGGUGCUGCUGCGCUUGCUCAAGGCGGACGUCGAGGCCGCUGUCGCGUACAGCCUGGAGCCAUGCCUCCGUCCGCCAAUCCAGACAGAUGCAAGGUUGCAGCAGCAGCUGGGCUGUUCUGCCGUGCAGGUCAGCUCCGCACUGCUGGUCAAAGGGGGCGAGCUCACCAAGGGCUUCUACGUGCUCACAGCAGACUUGGCCCUGCACGUGGAUGGCUUUCUGCAGCGAGACAGAACCAAGUUCCUGGCCCUUGCUAGAACACUGUCCAGAACGGAUCCUGCUGUCGAUCCCCAGACUUGCACACACAGCAAGUGGAGUUUUAACGCUUCGGCCCCUGUGCUAGCCGACAUAAAUGACAUUUGCAACAUCUGUCGGCCUUGUUGGAGUCUCGCCGAAGGUGACUGCGUGACCCUUUUGCACUGA